AUGCCUGCACAAUGCCUGUGUCCCCGUCAACUCCUGUGCGUGCACCCAGACCCUGCUAAGUACGGCACCCGCACCCAUGCUUGCUUCCUCACCUGCUAUAUUCUGGAAUGCUCUGAAUGCAGGCUAAUAGUUGGUCGUGUAUCAGAUCUGGUAGACUACUGGGUAACGUUUAAUGAGCCUCAUGUAUUCUGUAUGUUAACGUACUGUGCGGGUGCUUGGCCGGGAGGAAAUCCUGAUAUGAUUGAGGUAGCGACCUCCACUUUACCAUCUGGGGUAUUUAGUCAAGCCUUGCACUGUAUGGCUGUUGCACAUUCAUUGGCCUAUGAUUAUAUCCUUAAAGAGAGCAAGAAUGGUGGAAAAACGAUGGUGGGGAUUGCACAUCACGUCUCCUUUACUCGUCCAUAUGGCCUUUUUGAUGUUGCUGCUGUUACGCUGGCUAAUUCAUUAACGCUUUUCCCCUAUGUAGACACCAUAUGUGAUAAGCUAGAUUUUCUAGGAAUAAACUAUUAUGGGCAGGAAGUUAUUACUGGACCUGGCUUGAAGCUGGUGGACAAUGAAGAAUAUAGUGAAUCUGGCCGUGCUGUUUAUCCUGAUGGUUUGUUUAGAGUCUUACAUAUGUUCCAUGAUAGAUACAAGCACAUGAAUGUGCCUUUUAUCAUUACUGAGAAUGGAAUUUCUGACAAAACUGACUUGAUUCGACGCCCAUACCUGCUGGAACAUUUAUUAGCUGUUUAUGCUGCCAUGAUAACGGGCGUACCAGUUCUUGGUUACUUGUUCUGGACAACAUCAGAUAAUUGGGAGUGGGCUGAUGGAUACGGUCCCAAAUUUGGGCUUCUUGCAGUUGAUCGUGCCAAUGAUCUUGCACGUAUUCCUCGCCCAUCAUAUCACUUGUUCUCCAAGAAACGAGAUUGCCCGCUCUCUGAUUCGACUUCUACUCUCUUCCUUCACGCUCUCGCACGAUCUCUCCCACUUGGACUCUCGCAAUCGCUCUCUCUCGACGCUGUUCGACUUCGCUUCUCCAGCGACUUUCCCUUCCUGCAGAUCGGAAUGAAGAUAACUUUCUCCCUUGCGUCGCUUCUCCGCCUCCUCCCUUCCGAUCGCUCCGUCGACUCCCUCUUGGCUGUCCGACUCUGCUCCUUUGACGACCUUCCAGUUGGAUCGGAAGUUACAGUUUUUGAUCGGAAGCAACUACAGGAGCUCGAGUGCAGUGAAGUUGGAUCGGAAGUUAGGGCAUUCUGA